UUUGCUAAUUUAUUACAUAAAAAAUAAAAAGAUACGCUAAGAAUCCGUGGGUCUUAGUACAUCCGGUCCUUUCUCUCCGAAAUCGAAGAAUGGAAAAGAGCAAGGCGGUGCCUUUGAGUUUCGGAGGGAAAAUACGACGGGCGGCGUGUGUUCGUUUGACGGCGUGUGACACGACGCAGCUGGACUUGGACACAUAAAGAUCUGAAUGUGAUUCGUCGAGAAGAGGAUAGGAACUCCUCCCAGUGUUUUGCUGCGAUACUUGAAACCAGGAGAGGAAACAGGUGACGACAGUGACGACACGGCGCGAUGAGUGGCGGGCAGAACUCGGGCGCGGCGUCCAGCAGGGACUCCGACCCUCCCCCCGCCAUCCUGUGCGAGAUGAGCGUGCCCGGCCUGGACUCGCUGUACGCCUUCACGGCCUCCAUCGACCGCAGCGACCUGAGGGACCCGUCGGCGCGCUCGGACUUCCAUUGGCAGACCUUCAAGUGCAGGCUGGCGAUCUUCACGCUGCCCGUGUUGGUGUGCCCCGUGAGGCUGCCGGGCGGCCCGCUGCGCGACCUCACCGUCAUCUGCCGCCGCCAGGACCUGGACGAGGACCUCCAGGACGGCGUCCAGGACGGCCGCGGGGAGGCGGGCGGCAUGUCGCCGCUGCGCGCCAAGCUGGCCUCCCUCCAGCUGGCCCUGAGCAGGCUGCGGCCCGCGUCCAGCGCCGAGUACGCCGCCUGCCUGGAGUACACGCUGGCCGCGCGGAUGGCCCCGCUGUGGAACCCCGUGGCCGAGUCCCUGGUGCGCGGCAAGGACUUCCUGAGCAGCGGCAAGCUGACGGACGCCGUGCGCCUGCGGGUCAACGUCCACGGUGAAGGGGGCACGGCGUGGAUCAGCAUUUAUCCGAGCCGCAUGCGGAUAGCGCCCCUGGCCAUGGGCGAUAUGGACGUGAGCGUCCCCGUCCUGGCGCGCUUCCAGGACAGCCCUCUUGGCGAGGUCCCGGCCACUUGCAUCGGCAAUCCAUGGGUCAACGUCUUGCCCAGCCUCAAGAGGGGGAUGGUCACUUCCAUUACCAAGACCAUUCCGCCGGAGUGCCCGUUCCAGCGGUACAAGGACUUCCGGAGGCACUGGAAGAACAUGUACGGGUACCGCCUGCCGGACGACGACGGCGGCCUCCCCUACGUGUCCGUGUACUUCGAGCGGCUGGGCAAGGCCAUGUGCUACCCCUGGCUGUGCCUGACGCCGCAGCCGCCCGUCUCGCUGCGCGCCCGCGACCCGCCGGCCGUGGCGGCCGCCUUCCUCGCCGACGUGGCCUCCAGGAUGCCGACGGUGUGCGGCGUCGCGGCGCCCAUCGAGCUGGACGGCGGCCUGGUGGAGCCCGUGGCGCAGCUCUGCGCCGUGCGGGGCCUCCGCCUGCGGGGCGAGCCGGGCCUCGACGGUGACCCCGGCGCCACGCAGCCCAACCUGCAGCCCUAUCAGCACCAGCCCCGGGGCAGCGGCCCCGCCCCAUCGCCGAGCCGGGACGGCCAGGACGACGCCGCACUCACCUGCCCGCUCAGCAUGGCCACGCAGAGAAACGGGACGCGCCCGUACGUGGAGUGGAACUUCUCGAGGGCGCCCGCCGCACCGCCAGCGCCGACAGCGCAGCGCCGGCGGCCUCCACCGGAAGACGACGACGAAGACAAGGAGAACAGACCGCCAGAGGACUACCAGCCGCAGCCCCCGCCGCCCCUGCAGCGGCCCGUGUUCCGGUCCCGGCCCCCCGUCGCCGCCGCGCCGCGCCUCCCCGCGCCCGGCGGCAUGACGUGGUUCCGGCCCACGUCCAGCAGCUCCCCCGAGCGGCCCCCGAGCGCCGGCCGAGCCGAAGGCCGAGCCCCCAGCGUCACCAGGUCACCGGCCAGGUCUACAGCCACUAGCUGCAGCGCGUCGGCCAGCGCGUCGGCCAGCGCGAACGCCGCCCGGAAGGCCUCGGCGGUCAAGAGGCCGUCAUCGGAACCGCUGCCCAUCCCGGAGCUGCGGACGGCCGACGCGUGCAGGCGGGCCAGCAUCCCCAUGCUGCUGGCCUGGCUGCGGAGCCAGGGCGUGCCGUGCCGCGCCAAGGACAAGAAGGGCGACUUGGUGGACAAGGCCGUGGCCAAGGUGACCCAGAUGGCGGGGCAGCACGCGGCCCGCUAGACCCAGCGACCCGCUAGAGCGACAGACGUCGCCCCGGGCGAGGCGGGGUUGAUGUCGCACGCCCCCAUGACCCCCGAGGCUGCAGGGCCAGGCCUGCUGCCUGCCUGCCCCCUGCCAGGCCUGCCAGGGCUGCCAGGGCCCGAAGCAAUUCAAGGAGGGUGCGUUUAUUCAGCACUGCGAGCCUGGGAACCGUCCACCACAUGGAGGGAAUCGGACUGAAAAAAUAAGGACAUUGGUGAAGAUCGUUUCAAUCAGAUUUAUUUUUAAACAGCAAAAAAAAAAAAAAA